AAAGAAAGACAAUGAGUGGAGAGGUUCAUAUUAGACGUUACGCCUUUCUUUUUACCUACUUUACUGUUUUGCUCUUCCUUUUCGCUACUGCUGAUUUCCUUAAAGCACCAUGUUCCAACGGUGGAUAUACAACCGACUACAAGUGCCAGAGCGCGCAGAGCGUGUACGUCCGAAAGGCACGGCGCAGAUGACAAGUUUAGAGAGACAAUUCGACUAUCUCCGUCACACAACGCCCAAGAAGCAGAUGAAUGAUAAACAGCGAGUCAAGUUAAUCAAAAAGAUUGAGCGCUUAGCAAACUGGUUGGAUAAUGCAGUACCAGGAUCUCCAAUUCCUCUCGGUCUUGACUCUCUUUUGAGUUUUAUUCCAUUUUUUGGUGCGUUUGCCGGUGCGAUAUUUACGCUCUAUCAAAGUGAGUAAGAAAUUUAUGGACGGAGACAGAGGCAGGGAUGAGUGAAAUGUUGCACGACAUGAGGGAAAACUUGCAAACUGAUACACAAAACAUAAAACUUUUCGUUGC